AUGAGAUUCCUCACACUGUGCGCGACGCUCCUCGGCGUCUCGACCACCGUAAAUGCCCUACCCAGCCCAGCGGACUUUGAAAUUCAAGCCUGGAGAGCGUGGGAUUUCCGCCUCCUAAGCGAAGCACCGCCGAUUUGCAACGCGUCGGAAUCGAACCUCCAGUUCUCCAUUGCUCAUCGAUACGGUCAGAAGGCGCGCGCCUGCCAGGCAUUGGAAACGGAUUAUUACAACUCCACGAAUGUGAAGAGUAUUUCAUGGAAGAGUCCGGGGGAUUCUUACCCGCAUGAUAUUUGCUUUUUCGCCACGUAUGAUUGUGCCCCUGAGAGUUUCCUGUCGACUAUUACCAAUGGCUGGGAUGUGUGCUAUCUGUACAAUGGGUUCCUGGGGUGGAGUGUUGUUGCGAAAGGAGAUCCGUGUGUUGCUGUGGGUGGUGAAGGUAGUGAAGGUGGUGAAGGUGUCGAUGGUGAUGUGGAUGGUGGUGAGGUGGAGGAUGGUGUUGAUGGUGAUAGCCCAGACGAGGAAUAA